AUGGACCCCCCCCCACCUUCAGGGUGUCAGCAGAGGGAGCUUAGCCACUUUGUCAGCUUCUGCCGACUACUCAGCUUCAAUGACAAUGUCAUGCGCCAAGGCCACAACGACGAGCAGUUAGUCACGCAUGCCCAUCCUGAUCAGCCGCAACUCCUAAUCCUUAGCUCGAACGCCGAACCUUGUUUGCGGUUGAAGGAUCUGCACAUGAAUUAG